GGCUGGGACAGCUGAAGAGUUUUUGCACGUGGAUCCUUGUUGGGGUGGGCGAGAUGGAGACCGUCCCUAGGCCGGGCCCUGGUGUCCCGCCCAAGAAGGGCAAACUUCAGGCCAAGCGAAAGAAACCGCGGCGAUACUGGGAGGAAGAGACCGCUCCUGCUGCUGCCGGGGCCUCUCCGGGGCCCCCUCGCAAAAAGAAGAAGAAGAAUCAGGAGCCCCGCCGCCAGAAGCAGAACUCUCACAACUCGGAGAAGUCUUGGGUCUCUAAGAAACCCCAGUUUACGAAGAAGUCCCGGGAACAGAAGAAGCCCCGAGAACACAAGAAGCCAGGGCCCCAGCGGACGCUGUCUGGGGCCCAGGACCCUUUCCCAGGCCCCGCCCCUGUGCCUGCGGAGGUGGCCCGGAAGUUCUGUCGCAUUGACAAAUCCAAGGAGCUACCACAUUCUCUGCCUAAAACCCGAAGCAAACUUGAGGUGGCUGAAGCCUUAGAAGAAGAGAUAAGCGUCAAAGCCGCUCGUUCUGAGCUGCUGCUGGCAGAGGAGGCUGGGUUUCUGGAAGGGGAGGAUGGGGAAGACACAGCCAAGAUCCGCCAGGCUGACAUUGUAGAGGCUGUGGACAUCGCUAGUGCAGCCAAGCAUUUUAACUUGAAUCUGCGGCAAUUUGGACCCUACAGAUUGAACUAUUCUCGAACUGGGAGACAUCUGGCUUUCGGAGGGCGUCGGGGACAUGUGGCUGCACUCGACUGGGUGACCAAGAAGCUUAUGUGUGAGAUCAAUGUCAUGGAGGCUGUGCGGGACAUCCGGUUUCUCCACUCAGAGGUGCUGCUUGCUGUGGCUCAGAACCGCUGGCUUCACAUCUACGACAACCAGGGCAUAGAACUACACUGCAUCCGCCGCUGUGACCGAGUGACGCGGCUCGAGUUCCUGCCCUUCCACUUCCUCUUGGCCACAGCUUCAGAGACAGGGUUUCUAACCUACCUGGACGUGUCAGUGGGGAAGAUCGUGGCAGCUCUGAAUGCUAGAGGUGGACGGCUCAACAUCAUGGCUAAGAACCCUUACAACGCUGUCAUCCACCUUGGACACAGCAAUGGUACAGUCUCUUUAUGGAGUCCAUCUGUGCAGGAGCCACUGGCAAAGAUUCUCUGUCACCGGGGUGGUAUUCAGGCUGUGGCUGUCGAUUCUACAGGCACGUACAUGGCCACCUCUGGCCUGGACCACCAGCUGAAGGUCUUUGAUCUGCGAGGGACCUUCCGGCCUCUGAGUGCUCGGACACUGCCCCAGGGAGCAGGGCACCUGGCCUUUUCCCAGCGGGGACUGUUGGCUGCAGGCAUGGGUGAUGUUGUCAACAUAUGGGCGGGGCAAGGCAAGGCCAGCCCGCCCUCCCUGGAGCAACCCUAUCUCACCCACCGGCUGGCAGGCCCUGUGCAUGGCCUGCAGUUCUGCCCCUUUGAGGAUGUGCUGGGGGUCGGGCACAGUGGUGGUGUUUCCAGCAUCCUGGUCCCGGGGGCUGCUGAGCCCAACUUUGAUGGCCUGGAGAGCAACCCCUAUCGGAGCCAGAAGCAGCGGCAGGAGUGGGAGGUGAAAGCCCUGCUGGAGAAGGUGCCUGCUGAGCUGAUUUGUCUGAACCCCCGAGCCCUGGCAGAGGUUGACGUCAUCUCAUUGGAGCAGCAGAAGAAGGAGCGAGUAGAGCGGCUGGGCUAUGACCCUGAGGCCAAGGUGCCCUUCCAGCCAAAGCCAAAGCGGAAGGGCCGCAGCUCCAGUGGCAGCCUGGUGAGGAGGAGGAAGAAAGUCCUGGAGCAGGAGCACAGGGACAAAGUCCGACAGAGCCUUGAGCAGCAGAAGCAGCAGAAGCAAAAGAAGCAAAAGGCCAAGCCCGCAGGGGCACGGCCAUCUGCCCUGGACAGAUUUGUGCGUUGAGCCAGGCUUCAUGGUAGCCUGGAAACAGCCAUUCCCUUGGGUCAGCUGGAGGGAGACGACUGCUCCUGGCAGCAUAGGACAGCCCCUUUUGCGUGGGUCUGCGGGCUCUUAGGGUGGGUUGGUAAUAAAGAAAGGAGUUUUGAAAUAGUG